AGAGACUGGUCAAAGCAGCAACAAGUGAAGACUGAAGUGGAGAUCCCAGUACUUGCAUCGAGCUUUGCAGCAUUAAAGACCCAUGCUGUCUUGUCCAAAUGGUAAGAACAUCGAAUGAAGCUCUUUUAACUAAUGGGGUAACAAAACUGAAACUCCUGCACCCAGAAACUUCAAAUGCUGCACCAAGUCAUAUGAAAUCUCUCGUUAAUCACCGUCCUGUUAUUGUCUUAAACAUGACUACAUUCAGAAAUUAAGAGGAAGAAUACAAAUCUGGUCGGACAUGGUAAAUAAACCGAUGCCUGCUCUGUUUAGGAAACCCUUCAGAGUGGCUGGUUUAACACUCCACAGGGCUCUAAUUUUAAUGCUUGUGUUUGUAGAGCCUGUUUUAACCUGCCCCAAAAUCUGCCACUGCGCUGAGAAAAACGGCAUGACAGCUGUGCAUUGUGCCUCCCGUAACCUGGAAGAAAUCCCUACCGACCUGCCGGGAGAUACUGUGUCUUUGUUCUUGGACUCGAACAGAAUCACCAAAAUACCAAACAAUGCCUUCAAAGAUCUGGGCCAUCUCCAGGAGCUGGACUUGUCCAAGAACUCCAUCGAGAUCAUUGACAUCGGAGCCUUCAACGGCGUGGUCGAGGGCCUCCGCUUGCUGGACCUUUCCAACAACCACAUCCAGAGUGCGCCCAAGGAGGCCUUUUCCAAAAUCAAGGCGAAAAUCCGCCUCUCUAAUAACCCGUGGCACUGUGAGUGUGCCCUGCAGGAGGCCUUGCGGGAGCUGAAGCUAGAUCCGGAGACAGUCAAUGAGAUCAGCUGCCAGACCUCUGUCCAAGAGGAGUAUGCGGGCAAGCCUUUGAUCCAGGUUCUCGACUCUGGCAUUAACUUUUGCAAUUUUCACCACAAGACCACUGACGUGGCGAUGUUUGUCACCAUGUUUGGCUGGUUCACCAUGGUCAUCUCAUACGUGGUGUAUUACGUGAGGCAUAACCAGGAAGACGCCAGACGGCACCUGGAGUACUUGAAGUCUCUCCCAAGCACUCAACUUACAAAGGACUGUGAUACUAUUAACACUGUGCUGUAGCUCUAUUUUAUUGUAAUGGAAUUCAAAAAUGCAUUCCCUCAGUUUUUGUAGUGUAUGGCAGUUCUGAAAGAUCAGGAUAGUGAAAAUCUGUGUGUAACACCAAGAUACUAUACAUAUAUUUUAAUAUGUCAAUCCUAAAAUUCUAGGUGAUGCAAAACUUUUGGCCAUAGCUGUAUUUUAAAAAUCAAUAGCGAUAACAUUUGCAAUUUUUUUUAAUAUUAAAUCUAAUUCAGGAAUUAUUUUACCUGGCGGAUCUUUACGUUCAUUGUCAACAGACUAUGCUUUGACGCAGAUUAAUUUCAACCCUGUUUACAGCCUCUUCGCAUCCGUCUUUUUCUUGAGCUCAGUCUGUCAAUUUGCAGCCUUUCUGUUGUUUCCAGUGUUAAUGAAGGUGCUAAUGAAGCUGAUUGGUAACUGGCAUUUCUUGACUAAACUCGUUCUCAAGGAAAUCUAGGAUGAUAGGCUUGUGCCACUAUACUCAUGCUAUUGUAUUUGCUUCUCAUGGUGUUACAUACCAAAUUUCCCAAUUCUGUCAUUUAAUACUUUCACUACUAAGAUCAGACUUUUUUUUGUAUCAUAAUUGAUAUCAAAAAGCAUUUAGAACACUUACUCGUUAUUGUGUGAAUACAAGAAUAUUGCAGGAAUAAGAAGAGGAGAUCGCAACAGCAUGCUGUGAGUUUUAGCACCAUACAGUGUUUAGUGUGGUUUAAACUGUGAAUUCUGCUCUGAAGGAUUUGAUGCUCUGGCCAACAUGUUAUUACCGAAGCACGUUGUUUUCAAGUGGAGAAUAAACCACUGUACAUGUCUCACGUAAACAUUUGUAAAAUGUAUAAAACAUUUUAAAACAGUUUAUUGGAUAGCACCCAAAUGCAACCUGAAGCAUCUAUAAAAGUGUAUGAGUUUAGAACAGAUCAGCAACAAUUCAGGGCAGUUCUCAAUCCACCAUGUAAUGUGACAGUGUAAUGACAGGCAGACGGAUAUGAACCUAAAAAUAACCUGCCAGAUAAUUAUACUAACACAUUGAAAACAAUCUAGCAAACUAAUUCUGUGAUUUUUAAAAAAAAAUUUUUAUCAAUCACCCUGUAAUACAUAUCAAUCAAAUAAGGGCAGAGGACAAUUUUGAAGACAGAAAAAGAAGUCCAACUGCAAGUUUGUGAUAUAUAUCAAUUUUACUAUCACACAAAAAAAGAAUGUUUUAAUGCAACAGUAAUGCAAACAUAAAAACAUAUUUUUUGCUCUCAUGCUCAAACACGGGGCGUAGUUUAUAUCUAUGAUGUUGUAUUGAGACACACGUGUUUGGGUCUCUACAUGAAACCUAAGCAAAACCUGUAUCUUCACAUACAAAUCUUGCUUAGUUUAUUUGCGGGAUUAUAUGGUUCCCAUAAGUGAAAAUAAAUAUUUUUCAUGCAAUUGUGAAAAAAAUGAAUCCACCUGGUAAAACGAGCUUUCAUUAUGUAAUAUGAACUAGCAUGUGAUUACUGUUGUAAUCACAUGAUGGUUUAACAUGUUUUUUUUAAAGAGGGAAACAUUAAAUUAAUUUUUAGCUCUCAGGACCAAUAUGAAUUUAAGGAGUAACUUUGGUCUCGAUAUGUAAAAGCUGAAUUUCAUUUUUGAAAUAUGGCUAGUUUCUUAAAAUAUACUUCUGUUUGUUUUUUUCAAGUCUCACUGAAACCAAGAUGCCUAACUUUUGAAGGUACCUAUACUUACCAGUACUGUAAGCAACACCUGUGAAUGUUUAGCCUACAUGUUGCUGUAAUUAAAGUAUUCUUGUAUAUAUGUGUGUGUUUGUAUGCUCUACAAUUAUGGAAUUAUGUCAUGUAAAGUUUUAUGUAUUGUCUUAUUCACAAUUGCCACUUUUUGAAAUAUGUUUAUGCUUUUUUUUUUUUUAAUGAUUGCCUAGUUUUGCUUCCCAUAGUAUUCAUUUAGCAUUCUUUGAACUAUGG